CGUGGACAACCAGGCGCAAAACACUGAUCCCCUGCCCGACAGACCCCACACGCCCAGGUUUGUUCUCUAAAUGCGCGCGACCAGCCCACAUAAUUACCGUUAAGGUAACUCGCAGCGCGUGCUAAGCCCUUGUUCUAGAAUGACAACACUGGUCGCUGCUGCCCCCGCCGCCGGUGGUGCCAGCGCUUGGUCUAAUUUGGACAGAUUACGUGCGCCGCAUUUUCAUAUAACAAACCUCGGCCUGAACAAGCCCGGGGUUGUUCCUCUCGCCCCGACUGCGUGGCAAAUGGAACGCGGGCUGUACCGGCCCCCUGCCAACAAAAUGCUUCUCGAGCUGCGAAAAUGCAGGAUGAGGCGGAGUGUCGGGGGAGAGAGAGCUGCGGGGCUUUACCGAGCGGGGAUGUGGUGGGUUGUUGGCUGCAGAAACAGAGUUGGCGCUGCUCUCUUCCGUAUUGAACUGCAACCUACUCGCGCUAUCUCAAAUUUCCCUUUUCUAUUCAGUUUCCCCUUUGCCGGCUUCACAUCUGCACCCAACGAGUGCCUUCUUCUAUUGCGAACACGGUGCACCAAAGCUCUUCUUGGAACCUGGGACACACUACGCUGCUUGGCCCAGACAUCUUCUGGCUGGUUUUCUGCCCCAGAGUAGUAGACUGCUGAGCUGAUUCGCGUUUGGAGUAGACAGGGAGGGACGACUUGUUGCUAACGGUCUGGCUUGUUCUGUCCAGGCAUCCAGCAAAGUAAUCCUGCCUCUCCGCCAUAUCCCCUCGCCUGCUACU